GGAAAGGAGGGGUCGGUUAUACGUUAAGCGCACGGUUUCCACACAAAAAUGGCGGCUUAUCUGAAGCCCAAAUUCCCACCUUUUUUCUAUCCUUCGUCUUCCUCCUUCUACGUUCACUUCUCUGCAAACCCUUAAUGCCCCCCUCUGCCAUGAAAUCCGUCUGGCCCUCCUCUGCUUCUUCAUCUUCAGCUUCAUUUCUUCCCCCUUCCUUCACUACCAACUCUGUCGCCACUACCAGGAGAAAGGUGCUAUGUUAUCAUGGAAUACUAGUGGACAAAAUAUAUUCAAAAUACUUCUUACCUUGCAAAUCUAUUUCCACCGGUAGAGUUUGUAAGUCAAGAAGUUUAACAGUUCUGUCCCAUAGGUCAGAGAAGAAUGCCUUAUGUCAAAGGAAGAUAAGUAAACCUAAGGUCGAUGAAUGCUUUGACUUUAUUUUUGGAACAUUAUCGAGUGUUCUUCGAGAAUGGAGCCAGUUACGGUCGAUGGGUGUAGUUAUUGUACUGACAUGUACUCUCAUGUUCGUUCCAUCGUCUCGAGCUGUUGAUGCACUCAAAACAUGUACAUGCUUACUAAAGGAAUGCAGGCUUGAACUUGCCAAAUGCAUAUCAAACCCAUUAUGUGCUGCCAAUGUUGCUUGUCUCCAAACCUGCAACGAUCGACCCGACGAGACUGAAUGCCAGAUUAAAUGUGGUGACCUAUUUGAAAACAGCGUCGUGGAUGAAUUUAAUGAAUGUGCAGUAUCACGAAAAAAAUGUGUACCUACGAAAUCCGAUGUCGGGGACUUUCCUGUACCCGACCCGUCUGUUCUUGUCAAGAGUUUCAAUAUAUCAGAUUUCAGUGGGAAGUGGUUUAUCACUAGUGGCUUAAAUCCUACUUUUGAUACGUUUGAUUGUCAGUUGCAUGAAUUUCAUGUAGAGUCUGGCAAACUUAUUGGAAAUAUAACGUGGAGAAUACGAACUCCAGAUAGCGGUUUUUUCACUCGAUCGACGACGCAGAGAUUCGUGCAAGAUCCCGAGCAUCCUGGCAUACUCUAUAACCACAACAAUGAGUAUCUUCACUAUGAGGAUGACUGGUAUAUAUUAUCAAGCCAGGUGGAGAACAAACCCGAUGAUUACAUUUUCGUAUACUAUCGUGGUCGGAACGACGCAUGGGAUGGCUACGGCGGAGCCGUUGUAUACACGAGAAGUGCAGUACUGCCAGAAAGCAUAGUUCCCGAGCUAGAAAGGGCAGCUAAGAGCGUAGGGAGAGACUUCAACAAGUUCAUAAAAACAGACAAUUCGUGUGGCCCGGAGCCACCGCUCGUAGAAAGGCUAGAGAAGACAUUGGAAAGCGGAGAACAAACGAUCGUGAGGGAAGUCGAACAAAUCGAACAAGAGGUGGAGAAGGAGGUCGAACAGCUUGAAAAAGAGGUGGAAACAGUAGGGAAGGCAGAGAUGUCAUUGGUUGAGAAGUUGGGAGAAGGUCUUAAAGAACUUCAACGAGACGAGGAAUUCUUCCUUAGAGAGUUAUCUAAAGAAGAGAGUGAUCUUUUGAAUGAGCUUAAAAUGGAAGCAAAUGAGGUUGAGAGUUUGUUUGGAAGAGCACUUGCUCUUAGAAAAUUAAGAUAAAAAGACUUUGAUUAUCAUUACUUCUAAGAUUAUUAUUAGCUAAACCCAUUUUGUUUAA